AUGGCGUCGGCGUUGAGAUCCAGCAUUCUCCGCCACAUUCGGGUUCCGGCAUCGGGGUCUCUGAACCUAAACGGAUCCAGUUUGCUCGUCUUUCGGUCAAUGUCAUCGCACGGAGACGAUCACCUCGACAAACAGGAGGUGGUGAAUCGGGUUCUCGAUGUCAUCAAGAGCUACCCCAAAGUCGACCCAUCCAAGGUGGCGCCGGAUGUUCAUUUCCAGAAGGAUCUGGGGUUGGAUAGCUUAGACACGGUGGAGAUUGUGAUGGCUCUUGAGGAAGAGUUUAAGCUGGAAAUCCCUGAUAAGGAGGCUGACAAAAUCGACUCGUGUCCGCUCGCGAUAGAAUAUAUCUACAACCAUCCCAUGUCUAGCUAA